ACCUGGUGUAAAACAAUUUAUAUGGACAGACGCGCAAGAGAAGUGCAAAAUUGGUGAAGGAAGUUUUGGUGAUGUAUAUUCAGCUAAAUUUAAGGGCAGACUCGUUGUAUUAAAGAAAUUAAAAUGCCAGAAAAAACAACGAGACAAACUAUUAUUUACCAAAGAGCCAAAGAUUGCACAAGAUAUUAUCACAGCGAUUGCCUACCUUCACAAGCGAAACAUCGCCCACAGAGACAUUAAGGCUGCAAAUAUUCUGGUUUCCAACACUCACUAUUCUCAAUUGACAGAUCCUGACGAAAUGGAAAAGGCCUGGUCAAAAGAGAAUAUAAUUUGCAAACUGGCUGACUUUGGGGAAAGCCGUUCAAUUAUGAAUCAAACUGCUACACUUAAUCACACCAGAACUAAAAAUCUUGAAAGGGGAACACUUGUUUAUAAUGCACCAGAGGCAUUGCUAAUCUCUGACCAAACUAUUUCUUUUUCCUUAGAAGAACUGAAACAGUCUGACAUUUGGUCUCUUGGUAUGGUGUUGUUUCUUUUAGUUAAUCCUGAUGUUGAAUACCCAUAUUCCCAAGAGAUAGAAGAAUGUGGUUUCGAAAGCUUUUCAGAAGUAAAGGAUGAACUUCGAAAGCUAAUGGAGCAAAAAAAGAAACCAAGACACUCUGUAGAAUAUGAUUCCCUUCGUCUAACCCAGUGGUCAAAGAUUAGCAAAGCUUUUGAAGCUUGUUCAUCUUUUAUACCAAGUGAAAGAGUUUCUGCUGAAGAAGCAUUAACCAUUGUGUGCCCAGAUUGUGAGUCUAGUGGGGAGGCAUUGGCAGUUAUCCCUGCACCUGAGUGUUUAAUUAAUGUUAACAAGGACCCAAGUUCCAGUAAACAUGGCAGCACCAUCUCAGCACCUGAGUGUUUAAUUGAUGUGAACAAGGACCCAAGUUCCAGUAAACAUGACAGCACCAUCUCAGCACCUGAGUGUUUAAUUGAUGUUGACAAAGAUCUUAAAGAGAUGGAAUCCAUCGAUGUUGCUGAGAAUAGAGAUGGUAUCACAGAAGAUGUACAUUCUUCAAGUUGGAUAUGA